AUGCCGACCGCCGGCCUCAAGACCAUCAUCGCGCUGUCGUUCGUCCUCGCGCUCGGCUUCCUGCUCGUCAUCCUGUCGUGCGCCCUGUUCCACUCGUACUUCCCGCUGCUCGUCGUGGCCACCUACGUCGUCGCGCCGGCGCCCAACUGGAUCUGCAGCCGCUGCGCCAACCCGGACGACUUUGUCGAGAGCUCCGGCGCCGCCGUCCUCGACCUGGGGCGCUUCCUCACCGGCUUCUUCGUCGUCAUGGGCAUGGCCUUGCCGGUCAUCCUCGCUCACGCAGACAUCAUCCGCACCGAGGCCAUGAUCAUGUCCAUCGCGGGCGGCCUGCUCAUCUACGGCACCAUCAUCAGCUUCGGCAUGUUCUUCCAGGAGGAGCAGGAAUUCUAA